UAUUUUUGGGUCGGCUAAGUCUCAUUUAUCUCUAAGCAGGUUCCUCUGUUCAUCUUCACUUGCUCUCAGAAAACCCAAAAUGGCAUCAGUCAUGGUUUCCCAGGCUCUCUUCUCCCAAACCCCAAUCCUAAUCAGACCCCCCACCCGCACCCCCAAAUUCAAAUCCUUCUCCUCUCCCUCUCCCUCCCUCGUCCACAUUCGCACUCCCAAUCCCAAACUCCCCAACCUCCGCCUCUCUCUCCGCCGACCCCUCUGCAUCUCCGCCACCACCCAAACCCUAACCCUAACCCCGCCGCCGCCGCCUUCUCCGCUCUCCCACGCCCCCACUCGCACUCUCACCACCCUCUUCGCCGUAACCCUAGCCGCCUUCCGCACCGUCUUCAAAUUCGCCUCCCAGCACGCCCCCGCCGUGGCCUCCUCCGCCGGACCUCUCUUCUUCGCCGCCCUGGGUGACCGCCCCAGCGGCUACCUCAACACUCCCCUCACGGUCGUCGCCGCCGGGCUCUCCAAGUGGCUGGACAUCUACAGCGGCGUUCUCAUGGUUCGGGUUCUGCUGAGCUGGUUCCCCAAUAUUCCCUGGGACCGGCAGCCGCUCUCGGCCAUCCGGGACCUCUGCGAUCCCUACCUCAACCUCUUCCGCAACAUCAUUCCUCCGAUUUUCGACACCUUGGACGUGAGCCCCCUCCUGGCUUUCGCAGUGUUGGGCACGCUUGGCUCGAUCCUCAACAACAGUAGGGGAAUGUACUGAUGGAGCUGCUUUCGAUCGAAAUGGGGUAUGGAAUUGUUAUAGGUUAAGUUCGUAUUUUUGGGUGGGUUAUUUGUAAUGUGAUAACCUUUGUUUUUAUGGGACAACUUUCGAAUUUCACUAUGAAUAUAUAUAUAACAGUUUUGUAUCAUGA